AUGAUUCAGAAUGGAGAUGAAAGUGUGAUUGAGGGAUUUGGUGAUACCAGCUCAGAUAGGGAAGUGCCACAACCAGUGGGGGAAAUAUCUCAACCAGAAGGGGAAGUGUCUCAACCAGGAGAAGCACCUCAGCCAAGUACCUCAACCAACAAACACCCUCUUGGCCAAGAAAAGUUCACAUGGAGAAAGAAACCUUCUGAAGCCCCUGACUGCACCUUCAAAGGAGAGAGUGUCAUACCUCCAGAUGUGCUCCCCACUCCCCUGCAGUACUUUAGGAGGUUUAUUACAGAGGAGAUGAUUGAAUCAAUGAUGGUGCAAACCAAUCUGUACAGUGUCCAAACCUCUGGCACACUCAAGAAUGUGUCCACCACAGUCAAGGAGCUGGAAAUCCUAAAUGGCAUGUACCUACGCAUGGGUCUUUGCCAGCUUCCGGGAAACCGUGCCUACUGGGAAAACGACACAAGAUGUGCCAUGGUAGCUGAUAACAUGUCACGCAAUCGGUUUCAGACUCUGCUCACAUCUCUUCACUUCGUUGACAAUAUGGAUUUGUCAAACAGGCAAGAAGGGGACAAGUGCUGGAAGAUCUGUCCAUGGCUUGAUAGGUUCCGCAAACAAUGUCUUGAGAUCACUCCAGAAGAGUACAACUCAAUCGAUGAGCAAAUGGUGUCUUUCAGAGGAACACGCAGCCCAAUAAGGCAGUAUGUCAAGAGCAAGCCCCACCCCUGGGGAUUCAAGAUCUGGGCCCGUUGCACUUCCACAGGAAUCCUCUGUGAUUUUCAGGUGUAUGAAGGUGGCACUGGGAAAAGAACCACACUUGGCAUGGGAGGCGAUGUGGCGCUCAAGCUGUGUGAAACUCUUCCACCAGGCCAGAACUACAAAGUGUUCGCCGACAACCUGUUCUCUUCAGCAGCACUGGUGCAUCAGCUUCUUCAGCAGCAGAUCUUCUACACAGGAACACUCCGCAGCAAUCGCUUGUCUGGAUGUCUGCUUGAGGAUGACAAGAGUCUUGCCAAGAGAGUGGAACCACAAGACAAAGCUCGCCGCUGGAGCGAACAAGAGAAGGCAUUCCUUGACAUCAACCAGCCACACGUCGUCAAAGAGUACAACACCUUCAUGGGGGGGGUUGACCUCAAUGAUGGAUGUAUUGCCAGGUACAAGUACAACAUGAGAUCACGGCGGUGGUACAUCUACCUCUUCUGGCACAGCAUCAUGCUAGCCUUGGUCAAUGCAUGGCUGACCUACCGCCGUGACUGCAAGCUGCUUGGUGAGAGGCCACUGAAUCAAAGAAGAUUCCAGGCAGAGGUGGCAGCUAGCCUCAUCCUCAUCCAGGCAAAAAGGGGGCGUCCAUCACUCGACAGCAACACCACACCUCAACCAGCAACUCCCAAGAGAGUCCGUGUUAGAGUUCCUGAUGAUGUUCAUCUGGACCAGGUUGCACACUGGCCUGUGAAAUGCGCCAAGCGUGGCCGCUGUACAGUCUGCAAACAGAAUGCAACCACCACCCUCUGUCAGAAGUGUGACGUGCGUCUCUGCUUCACUGAAGAGAGAAACUGUUUUAAAGCACACCAUUUUGCCUAA